AUAUAUAUUUGUUAUGUAGAACCAUUUUAUAAAUGCAUAUGGCACAAUAUUGCACAGCCUUGAGUGCCUUGUUGCUUUAUUAUUAGAUGCAUUAUUGCUAACUAUUUCUUCUCUCUGUUUGGUUUUCAGAUAGCAUGGAUCUUUCAGAUGCCCUUAGUGAUUUUCCACAGCCCGGCCAACCAGCCAACCCCACCUGGCCUGGGCAGCCUGCUAACCCCACCUGGCCUGGCCAGCCAACCCAACCUGCCUGGCCAGGACAGCCAUAUCAACCACCUCAGCCAACCUGGCCUGGUCAGCCUGCAGCUCCGGGGUGGCCUGGACCAGCUCCACAAACCGGCCCUUAUGGUGCUUCUGAGCAAGUUCAAAAACCAUUAACUGUGCCAUUUGACCUCCAUCUACAAAAUGGAGUAUAUAACAAGAUGCUUAUCACCAUCAAUGGAGAGGUCAAGCAAAAUGCUAAAUAUUUCACUAUUGAUCUAAGUAAAGGAAAAGACAUUGCACUUCAUUUAAACCUCCGCUUCAAUGAAGACGGAAAGAAAGUGAUUUUGAGAAACAGUCUGAUUGGAAACCAAUGGGGCAGAAAAGAGAUAGAGAGCCCUUCCUUCCCUUUUGUCGCAGGAAAGCCUUUUGAGCUGAAGAUUUUGUGCACUACCACUGAAUUCAAAGUGGCAGUGGACAAGUCUCACCUUCUAGAGUACAAACAUCGGAUCCGUGAGCUCGACCAAAUCAAAGGUCUUGGUAUCUACAAUGAUGUCAUCCUCAAAUCUGUCAAUGUGGAGACACUGCAAUAAGAUCAUUAUUCUGUGAUAUCUGAAAGAUAUGACCCCAAUACAAACUGUAUCCUACCAAGAUUCAGCCUUAUCUGCUGGGUCUUUUACCUCCAAUAACCAACUUUCUUACUUAAAAAAAAUAAAAACUAUGUGCAUCAGUAAGAGUUGAUAUUGACUAUAAGUGUAAGAGUGAUAUAAAUCUUCAUGUAAAUCAUGAUAGAGCCUGUUUUUCACAUGCUUGUGCUUAGUGCUAAAUGGUGUACUGUAAUUAUAAAGUAUUUGCAACCUCUAUGUGGGUCUGUUAAACUGCCAGGGAGAAUUUGUGUUUUCAAAAACUUUAAUGACACAUGAAAGAUACUUCAGAAAUGAUAAUAUUUUACAGAAUACAGUGUGCAUUGUAUUGAUGCAUGAGAUAUAUUAGAAUAAAGUGUCAUGUUUAUUCACCCACAAAAUCUGCUACAUUUCCAAGAAGAAUAAAGAUUAUGAAAAUUAUAUGAUAAU